AUGUAUCCAAUAGAAAGGCUUCUCGGAGAGCUGAAAAAAAGUGUACACAACACGGCGAAGCCCGAAGGAUUAAUUAUAGAGGCUUGGGUUCAAUAUGAGUCGCUUACUUUCUGUGGAAUGUAUUUAAAAGAUGUGGAGACGGCUUUCAAUCGUCCUCAGCGCAAUAAUGACGGAGGUAUGAGAAAUGAAAAACUUUCUGUUUUUGCCCAAAACGCACGACCCUUUGGAGAUCUUGGACGGGGAGAGUCGUUUUCUAGAAAUGACAUGGAGGUAGCGCAUUGGUUCGUACUGAACAAUUGUGAUGAGAUAAUGGCAUAUUUAGAUGAGCAUGAAGAGAUGAUGAAGCGAGAACAUCCAUCACAUUUGUAUGCCAACAAACACCGUGAAUUGUUUCCACAAUGGUUUUUGGAUUCUGUGAAAAAGUUGAAAUCAUCGAAUUCCCCCACUUACAGUGAUGAGUUAUAUAACUUGGUUGUAAUGUUAACGGCGUCAAAUUUUUGGGGACUGCACAAGAUGACAAGUUGUGUACGCAAAACAGCGGUGUCCAUGUCCCAGGUGGAGGCGAAAGUAUAG